GGGGGUUUCUCGGCUACCCAGAGCUAUUCAGCCACCUGUUAUUUACACGGCGUUUGUUUUUGUCAUUUUGUCGACGCAGCCCGAAAGAUUACAAGGGACUCACUAUUCGGUACAGUCAGACAUCUGGAGCAUGGGGCUGUCUCUGGUGGAAAUGGCCAUCGGCAGGUACCCAAUCCCUCCUCCAGAUUCGAAGGAGCUGGAGCUCAUGUUUGGCUGCCCCAUCGGGGGCGACUCCCCGGUCUCGGAGGCAUCCCCCAGGCAAAGAACCCCAGGCCGGCCACUGAGCGCUUAUGGUUCCGAUGCCAGGCCGCCCAUGGCGAUUUUUGAACUCCUCGACUACAUUGUCAAUGAGCCCCCUCCAAAGCUUCCCAGCGGAGUCUUCAGUCCAGAAUUCCAGGACUUUGUAAACAAAUGCUUGAUCAAAAACCCAGCCGAGAGGGCGGAUCUAAAACAGCUCAUGGUCCACAUGUUUAUAAAGAGAUCAGAGGCUGAGGAAGUGGACUUUGCAGGCUGGCUGUGUUCCACCAUCGGCCUUAACCAGCCGAGCACCCCGACGCACGUGGGCUGAGUUUCAACCCUCAGGCUCUGCCGACCAGAACCCAAGUGUUGCUGCCCUGCACCCUUCAUUCCACGUGAGACUGGAUGAGGACCCAUCAAAACAAACAGGAGCAACAUGCGUGAAUUUUUUCCAUCCCGAACCCCCACCCCUAGAGGCGUAGCUACCGGGGGCAGGGCGGGGGCGGGUUGCACGUUGCACCGGGCGCGCGCUGGGGCAGGGGACAAAAAAUUCAGGCUGGUGUGUGGGUUUUUUGUAUUUUUAGUGUUUUUUUCCAUUUUGGCCUGCAAGGGGCGCAGUUUUUAGGCUAGCAGCACCAAAAUUUCAGGGACUUUUCAGGAGUCUCUCCUGAUGAUACCACC